GUUGCGUAGCAACGGAACCUGAGGUAACUAAAAAAAUAAAUAACCGAGCAUGUCUGCAGACACGGAGAAACUUUUAGACCCAUCCAAACGCGUUUUUAUCAACAAUGUCGACAAAUAUACUUCAAAAUAUAUCGCAGAGUUUUUAUCCUCGAGGGUCGCUGGAGCGGCACAGUUGGAAGAUGAGGAGGAAAUCGAGUCUUUACCCAACAUCACUUUUCAGAUUGUUGGAACAGUUUCCUGUAAAACCAAAGAAAAUUCCAGCUUUGCAGUAGAAGAAUAUACUAACGCGACACGUGAAGAACUUUUCCGUCACCUGAUGAAUUCAGACGUCAUCGUUUAUAAUAUUUACAAUGAGAACGCUGAUCAGAUUGAAGAAGCCACUUGGGCUGUCUCAGCUCUUCACAAGGACAUUGAUGCAUUUCCUGAACCAAAGAUGUUCAUCUUGAUCUCCUCAGUCGUGACCUGGGCCCUGACUAAGACACUGAAUCCAGACGAUCCAGAGAAUUCUUUUACGGAAGAGGACUACAGGAGACGGAAAGCACAUCGCAACUUUAAAGAUCAUAUUGCUCUGGAGAAGCUUGUGGUUAAACUAGGAAAAACCAAUCAGUCCCAGUUCUCCACUUAUGUGGUUGCCUCUGGACUGCAGUACGGAAAGGGCGAGCAAGCGUUUCAUUUCUUUUUCAAGACAUCGUGGCUGGGAGAGGAACCUGAAGUGCCGAUCUUUGGAGACGGCUCUAAUAUCAUUCCAACUGUUCACAUCUGUGAUCUGGCAGGGAUCGUACAGAACGUCAUCGUGCGUAAGCCGAAGCCGCAGUACUUCCUUGCAGUGGAUGAAUCACAGAACACCAUUGGUGACAUUAUCAGUGCAAUAGCGUCGGUGCUCGGGCCAGGAAAAACACAAAACGUUCCAAAAGAGGACGUGUAUCUUAGAGAGAGAGAGUUGACGCAAGCAGAAAUUGAUCAUUUGUUCAUCAACCUUCGGAUGGAAGCCAGUUUCUUCACAGACAAUUUCAAAAUCAACUGGGUUUCAAAAAAAGGCAUUGUCGAGAACAUCGACCAAGUUGCGGAGGAAUACAAGCUGACACGAGGCCUGCUGCCUGUCCGUAUCUGUCUCUUGGGACCUCCUGCUGUCGGGAAAAGCACCGUAGCUGAAAAGAUAUGCAAGCACUACAAACUGCACCAUGUCAAAGUCAAAGAGACCAUCGCCGAGACUCUCGCUAACCUGGAGUCACGUGUCAGCACGGAAGAAAGCAACGAGGACGACGAAUCGCGGGAGCUUCUGGAGACACUGAAGAUGAACAUGGAAGAAAACAAAGGCCGGUUGGACGAGUCGUACGUUAUCCAAAUCCUGAAGGACAAACUGAAGACUAAACCGUGUAGAAGUCAAGGAUUUGUCCUGGAUGGCUUUCCGAAGACAUACGAGCAAGCUAGAGAGCUUUUUGUCAAGGAUAAAAAAGCUACAGCCGAGCUGUCGAACGUCAGCAUCAUCCCAGAGUUUGUGUUCAAUCUGGAUGCCACAGACGAGUUCCUGAAGGAACGUGUACUGAACCUGCCUGAAAGCGCGGUACAUGGAACGUCGUACGCCUUCGAUAGGUUUCUUCGACGACUCACCGCCUUCCGGAAAAACUGUUCCGAGGAUGAAAUUGUGCUAAACUACUUCGAUGAGCUGGAGAUUCACAAUGAGAAUAUAGAGAUCAUCCCUGACGACUCGGAGAACGUUCUGGUGAUGGAGAAGGUGUUGGAGAGGGUGGGGAAGGUCAGGAACUACGGUCCCACCUUGAAGCAUUUGGAGGAAGAGCGGAGACAGGCGGAGAUCAGGCUGAGGGAGGAAGAGGAGGCACGCCAGGCCGAAGACAAGCGCAGGGAGGAAGAAGUGGAGGAGCACAGAGCCCAGUGCUGGGAGGAAUGGAAUCGGUGCCUACAUGACGUGAAGCAGCAGGAAGAGGAGCUGUUGAUGAGAGAAGAAGAAUUUGCCAGGCAGUAUCUCAUGGACACUGUGAUGCCUGUCCUGUCUCAAGGCCUCAACGAGCUGUGCAGAAUCCGCCCAGACGACGCAGUAGACUUCCUGGCUGAAUAUCUCCUCAGCAACGACCCAGAAAUGGACUAAGUAAAACGCUACAUGACACGACGUCGUAGGAUCGAAGUCUCUUCGGGGUGCCGACACGGUUGUCUCAUUUCACCGUGUACUGCAUCAGCUAUAUUCGGUUGAAAUGACAAAUAAAAGCUUCUUGACUCGA